AUGAACAGCAUGGCCGACACUGAUAGAGUCAACCUGACGCCAAUCCAGAGGGCGUCUGAGAAGUCUGUGCAGUACCAUCUCAAGCAGGUCAUUGGGAGGGGCUCGUACGGCGUGGUUUACAAAGCCAUCAACAAACACACGGAUCAGGUCGUAGCCAUCAAGGAGAUCGUGUACGAGAAUGACGAGGAGCUCAACGAUAUAAURGCGGAAAUCAGCCUUUUGAAAAACCUGAACAAUAACAAUAUUGUCAAGUACCACGGUUUCAUACGAAAAAGCUACGAGCUCUAUAUUCUCCUCGAGUACUGUGCUAACGGCUCAUUAAGAAGACUCGUCUCUAGAAGUCCCACUGGCCUGAGCGAAAACGAGUCCAAGACCUACGUCACACAGACCCUUUGGGGGCUCAAGUAUCUGCACGGCGAAGGUGUCAUCCACAGAGACAUCAAGGCAGCCAACAUCCUGCUGAGCGCAGAUAACACCGUCAAGCUCGCAGACUUUGGUGUCUCCACCAUCGUGAACUCCAGUGCGUUGACCCUGGCGGGUACGCUCAACUGGAUGGCCCCGGAAAUUCUGGGCAAUAGAGGCGCCUCCACGCUCAGCGAUAUAUGGUCCCUGGGAGCCACCGUCGUCGAGCUGCUCACCAAGAACCCGCCAUACCAUAACCUCACAGACGCUAACAUCUACUACGCGGUCGAGAAUGACACCUACUACCCGCCCACUGCAUUCUCUGAAUCGCUGAAGGACUUUUUGUCCAAGUGCUUCAUAAAGAACAUGUACAAGAGACCCACAGCUGACCAACUGCUCAAGCAUGCGUGGAUUACCUCCACGGAAAAUGUAAAGGUUGAUAAGCUCAACAAGUUCAAAGAAGACUUUUCUGACGAUAACUACCAUUGGGAUUCUGACUUUCAAGAAGAAAAACUAGACAUAUCUCCGUCAAAAUUCRGUUCGGCGGCGGCCCCCGCUGCCUGGACAGAAAAUAAUCAAGAAAUGGAGUUAGUCCCCCAGACUGAGAUCCAUUUGUUGGGCCAAUUGAAGAGCCCGUCCAAGCCUUUGACGGACUUGCACGGGCUUUUCAGUGUUUGCUCCCUCGAAAACAUUGCAAAUACAGUCAUCGAGUGUUUAUCCCGUACGACUGUCACUGCACACUCAAUAACCACAUUUGGCUCCAUCUUCGCAUAUGACACAGAAAAUAACCACUCUCGCUUGCGACUGAAAUUCAUCGCCAUGGGCGGAAUCCCCUCGAUAAUUAAGUUUGAGCAUCUAGUCAAGUAUUUUGUCAACGACCACCCUCAGACCCUAAUUGAAUGCGGAAUAAUGCAUCCGGUAAAUUUUGCAUCGUUGAAAACCCCUAAAUGCGUCUUGGAACUCGUUUACAGGUAUUAUGACUUGACUUCUACUGCCUUUUGGUGUUGCUGGUGUUCUCAACACCUCAGCUUAUCGCUCCUUCUUAAUAACAUGCACGAAAGAAGAGCACAAUCAAUAAUUCUAAAACUAUCAUCGUACGCACCGUGGUCUUUCGAAAAAAUCCUGCCCUCUCUGAUCAACUACAGGCUGAAAAAAAAAAUUCUAUCCAACCCUCAAACCACUUACAUAGUCUUCAAGUCAAUAAAUUAUAUGAUAACCACAAACGACGAUAAAAUCCACAGGUCCACCGCCCCCUCUUCGUCCUCGUUACCAUUGUCCUCUUCGCCCACAAAAAACACACCAUUGAACUCGGUACCGUCUCCCUCGAGGUCUCCCGUUCACUCUUUGAUGGCAACACGCCCAUCGUCUCCAACUCGACACAGGAGCGUUUCUAACUUCCCGCAUUUGACCAUCUCUUCAAAAUCAAGACUUCUUAUCGACUUACCGGAGGGCUUUUUCACCUGGCUAACUUCAUUUUUUGUUGACAUGCUUCAAAUCAAAGACGUUUCUGUUUGGAAGUACUUUAUCAAACUUUGCUACCUAACAGUACAUUUAAACAAAACGCUGUUGAACGACCUGCUCGAUAACGAUGCGUUUUUCGUUUUCAUUCAGAACAUUGACACCAUCACCACGUCCGACGAUGGCAACAAGAAUUCAUCCUUCAUUUGGAAACAAAUUACGGCCAUAUGCGUUGAUAUUAGUUUAGACAUGGACCAAAUGAACCUCUCCUUGUUUUCAACGGCAAUGGGUUUCAUUAAAAGAAGAAACUACACAUCUAUUAGCGGGUUGGAGAUCGUAUUGAAUUGUUUGCAUUUCACAUUACGCAAUGCGUCUAAUGAAGACACCCCUACGGCGAUCACAGAAGGCUCUCAAAAUUGUCUUCUCAUCAAGGUUAAAGAUAAUUCUGCCAUUGAACUGCCGAUUGAUCAAUUUGUUGCCCUAUUUUAUGAAUUAAAUGACGGUGAUGUUAAUCUCAGUAAACUAAUUAGCAUUUUCACCAAGAUAUGUUCACUCCCCGGUUUUGAAACUCUUGCAAUUGACAUCAUAUUACAUCCGAAUUUCUAUGACAAGAUUGUUCUGUUUUUUGGUACUUAUUUCAACAGUCUACUUAUUCAAAUCGAUUUAUUAAAAUUCGUGAAAUUGAUAUUUACAAAAUCGUUGUUGAAGAUGUAUGAUUACACGGGGUUGCCAGAUCCGAUAAAGCAAACGAAAUCGACUCAUCACAGUAAAGCCACUAUUUUCAAGCUUCGUUCAAUACUAGUACAAAUAACUGAGUUUUUGAAUAGAAACUGGGACAAGAACCAUCCAAAAAGGAACGCCAACCAGGUUGGUGGUGACUCGGUUCUGAUCUGCCAACUAUGUGAAGACAUUCGUUCAUUAUCAAAAAAGGGAAGCUUGCAAAAGGUACCCAGCGUCACGGCAGCAAUUGGCAGUUCGCCAACAAAAGACGACCACGCAAAUCCGCGAUCUUCUAGACCAAACAGUGAUGGAUAUUCCGCACCUUCUAUCACAUCCCAAACCUAA